AUGCUUCUGAUCAGUGGAUGGCUUCCGCUGAAUGCCGAAGAAGAGAGGAUGGGAAAUCCUCUGGAGCACCUCGAAGAGAUAUCAAGAAUCACACCCCAAUACUCGAUGUUUACACCCGCAAUAAAAGAGAGUAAAUCCCCGCGCCCUAGUCACCCCAUGCAUUAUUCAAGGCAUACAUCAAGCGCCUUUUUAAAUUUUGAAAAAUGGUCUUAUGACAGCGCUAACCGCGAUUGUCUCAUUUUAUCUCCCGCGGGUCUCUGGGGAACGGGAGAAAAAAAACAUCGAUUUUCGCCAGCUGCUUAUCGACCCUAG